AAGACAGUGGUGACAGGAGGUGGAGGCUACCUGGGAUACAAUCUGGGAUGUGCUCUUCUCAAGUCAGGCGUUGCUGUUGUUCUGUUUGAUGUACGGAAGCCUAAGUGGGAAAUUCCAAAUGGAGCAGAUUUUUUCAAGUACAAGAAGGAAGGGCCAUUAGACGGAAUGAUGAAUCGGUUCAAUAUAAACAAAAAGAGGUUGUUUUCUCAUUCAUGCAAUGGGAAAAAUGCUUGUACAAAGUCUUACCAAAAGUUUACUUCUGUUGGAGAUUAUUAAAUAGGGUGAUGUGAGGGAUUAUGAUGCAGUGUUCAAAGCAUGUGAAGGGGCUGACUGUAUUUUUCAUGUGGCUGCUUGUGGAAUGUCAGGAUUAGAACAACUUCAAAAGAAAGAACAGAUUGAAUCCAUAAAUGUUGGUGGCACAAAAAUAAUAAUUGAUGUCUGCAAACAAAGAAAUAUCCCUAGACUGAUAUAUACCAGUACAGUGAAUGUGGUAUUUGGAGGGAAUACUAUUGAAGAAGGAGAUGAAGAAACUGUGCCAUAUUUUCCACUGGAAAAGCAUUUUAAUCAUUAUUCUAGAACGAAGGCAAUUGCAGACCAAAUGGUUCUUGCUGCUAAUGGAACCUUACUCAAAGGAGGUGAUAAGCUCCAUACUUGUGUGCUUCGUCCACCAGGCAUAUAUGGACCAGAAGAGCAGCGCCACCUGCCACGAGUAGCUAUAAAUAUCCAGCGGAGACUAUUUAACUUCAAGUUUGGGAAUCAUAAAGUUCAGAUGAACUGGGUUCACAUAGGAAACCUAGUACAAGCUCACUUAUUAGCUGCUGAGGCUCUCACCUCUGAGAAGGAUUAUGUAGCAAGUGGACAGGCAUAUUACAUACACGAUGGUGAAAAUGUCGUAUUUUCCGAAUGGAUAGUCCCUUUAUUUGAAAAAUUAGGCUAUAGGAAACCCUGGAUACAUAUUCCUGUUCUCCUGGUUCACAUAGCAGCCACUGUGAUGGAGUAUCUGCACCUGGCACUAAAGCCAGUUUUUAUCUUUACACCUUUCUUGACAAGGAAUGAGGUAUGGAACGUUACUGUAACUCACACUUUCCGAAUAGAUAAAGCACGAAAUCAACUUGGUUACAAACCAAAGAAAUUCUCAUUAGCUGAUUCUGUGGAUCAUUAUCUUAAAACAAGACCUAUUUGCCAAGAAGAUCACACAUUCCUUAAAAUGUUGUUUGCUUUUGGCCUUUUAUUAAGUUUGAUGAUUCUUUAUUUCUUCUAAAACCAAAUAGCUACCCACCUGUUCCAGAAAAACUAAUUUUGUUUCUGAGUAUUAAUGAUCUGGUCAUAGUAUAUUCCUCAGUCACUAUGGAAUUUAUUGUUCUUAUUCCUUAUUCUUAUCACUGUGAUGACUUCUCUCUGAUCUUAAACAAACAAAACUGAAAAUGCAAGGCAUAUCAAGAAAUGUUCUCAUAGGACAAAAGCAAAGGAGUGUCACAAAAUCAAAGGAGUUCACCACCAACGGGUGCAGGAAGAGUUUUAAUGAAUCUUCAUUAAUGAUUACUUCAUACUGAGAAUAUCUUUCUAAAAAUGAUAAUCCAGGACCAUAAGAAAUUGGAAGAGGAACCAUUGUAGCACUGCAGUGUUGUAGCAAGGUAGUGGCCCUAAUGAAGAAACUGCUCUGAUGAAGCCGCUGCUACAGCUGCGUGAGGAAUUAUGAAGACCUGGGAAAUAUAUAUAAAAAAUAAAAGUAAAUAUUUAUAUAAUAUUUAUAUGUAUCAGGUGGGAGAGGACUGAAUGUCAUAUUUAUGUGAAAUAGUUUGUUGUUCAAAACCUGUGUAAAAUAUGUAAUAAAGUGUCAUUACACUUGUUUGUAAAUGAAAUAUUUUUUUGAUGCAGUAAUAAAUCAUAACUGAACCA